AGAGACAUCUAUGCCCAGACAUUUGGCCAAGUUUUAAAUGUUCUCCGUCCCCGGGCGGGGAGGGGAACGGCUGACGGGAAACAGAGGCCUCUUGCUGUCUGGGCCACGGCCUCGCCCUCUGGGUCCCUCUCUGUAGGCCCUCGGAACUCUGUGCUCCUGGCGUUUGCCCUGCUCUGCCUGCCCUGGCCCCAGGAGGUGGGCGCCUUCCCAGCCAUGCCCUUGUCCAGUCUGUUUGCCAACGCCGUGCUCCGGGCCCAGCACCUGCACCAGCUGGCCGCCGACACCUACAAAGAGUUUGAGCGGGCGUACAUCCCGGAGGGACAGAGGUAUUCCAUCCAGAACGCGCAGGCUGCCUUCUGCUUCUCGGAGACCAUCCCGGCCCCCACGGGCAAGGACGAGGCCCAGCAGAGAUCCGACGUAGAGCUGCUCCGCUUCUCCCUGCUGCUCAUCCAGUCGUGGCUCGGGCCCGUGCAAUUCCUCAGCAGGGUCUUCACCAAUAGCCUGGUGUUCGGCACCUCGGACCGGGUCUACGAGAAGCUCAAGGACCUGGAGGAAGGCAUCCAAGCCCUGAUGCGGGAGCUGGAAGAUGGCAGCCCCCGGGCCGGGCAGAUCCUGAAGCAAACCUACGACAAGUUUGACACAAACUUGCGCAGUGACGACGCGCUGCUCAAGAACUAUGGGCUCCUGUCCUGCUUCAAGAAGGACCUGCACAAGGCUGAGACGUACCUGCGGGUCAUGAAGUGUCGCCGCUUCGUGGAAAGCAGCUGUGCUUUCUAGUUGGUGGGCAUCUCGGUUGCCCCCUCCCCAGCGCCUCCCCUGACCCUGGAAAGUGCCACUCCAGUGCUCACUGUGCUUUCCUAAUAAAAUUAAGUUGCAUCGUAUCAUCUGAGUAGGUGUCAUUCUAUUAUGUGGGGCAAGGUCCAGGCUGGGAAGACAGCCGCAGACAUCCUGUGGGGGCCGACUGGGAAUGAUACCUGACCUGAUUCCUCCUGGGCUAGAAAGAAACCGACACAUUUAUUCCUCUCCAUCACACA